AUGAAUGCUGGUGGGAUGAUGAUUAGUGUUGGGCUGAAUCAGCAAGUUGGAAAUACGCAGAUGGUGCGUAUGGGGACUAUGCAAGGCGGUCCAGUUCCAUAUCCAGCUCAAAGUGUUUCGUUGCAAACGGGUAUGGGACAAAUGGGACCAACUCAGGUCUCUGUGCAACGCAUGCCAAAUCAUUAUAUGGCAAGUGGUAUGAGUGGUCCUCAGAGCAUGCAAUAUCAAUCUCAAGAUCCUGGGAAUGUCCAGAAUUAUAACUCACAACAACAAAUUACUCUUACUCAACCAUCAUCUGUAGGACCAACUGUUCAGCAGACUUCUUCGUUGCACCACAAAGGUCCAAACAGUGUUCCAUCUGCAAUUUACACGCAGCAUCAUCCUGAAAGCGCGGCUCCGGCACAUAGUACAACAGGCAAUAAAAAUGAUAAAAGUUCUGAUGAACCACUUUACAGCCAAAAGUUAGAGUUACUGAAGCCUUAUCAUGAACAUAUCAAAAGACUGCUUGAAAGAAAUCGUUUGGAUGGACAAGCACCAAAGUCGAAGUUUGAACGUCUUCUUGAAAUAAUGGAAAAUCGUCGGAAAGUAGAAUUGAAACUUCUGGAAAAGUUGGUUGUCAGUGUGAGGAAUUUAAUCGAACGUGAUUCUCUUUGUUUCCCGUUGAUAGAUGCUCUACGUUUGGAGAGUAGCGAAGCUACAAAGACACCACUUCCGGAUCCUUGGGGUGAUUUCCAUCAAUAUGCUAUAAAAAUUCCAGAAAAGGUAAUGAGCCUGGUUAAAGAUGAAAAAACAAAAAGUAGGGAAAGUAACGAUGUGACACCGGUAAAACGAAUCAAAAAGGAGGAAGGCUCUGAUGAACGCAUAGCAGUGAUAUGUCAGGAUGGUUCACGGCUGGAAUUAUCACAAGAAGCGUCGGAUCAACUUCGGCCAUACAAUUACAGAUUUGACCCUGAAUUUAUCCCAAUAUCAGAUGAAUGUACAGAAAUUCAAGUGUUUAUCGAAAACGAUGUUCUCUUAGUACCACCACUACGAUUAGUGGUACCUCUGAACUAUCCGGAAUCGAGGGCAUCCAUAUGGCGCGAUCGAUGGUCAUAUGGUGGUGUUAGCUUGAUCGAUAUCAAUACGCAGUUCGACAAGCGCUUAAAUAUGGCUGUUAAUUGUCGAAGUAUCACGGAAAUCGUCAAUGCUUGGAAGCUUGCAUCAUUGCACGUCCUGAAAAUUGGUAGUUCUAGUGCAAGCACAUAGAAUCUUUCCUACACAGCAUGGAUUGUUUGUUUGUUUUUGUUUUUUAUGAUGUUCAUAACAUUGGCUUUCCCAUCAUAGUACUGCUUCAAGGUUUCAUUUGUUAUUCAAGACUGAAAAGCAAUGUAAUUUUAUAUGAAGGUUUCAUAUAUUCAUGAAUUUUAGUCUCCAACCGUCUUUAUUUCACGGGCAGUGCUAUUUACCACUUGGAUUUGUUAAUGGAUGAAAAGUAUUUCAGAG